CCGCGACCAGACAUCCAACACACAGCAACGAUGCCGAAAGUUGGAAAACCCACCUCGAAGCGUGUGCCUGUUCGGCUGCGACACAAUAUCCAAAAAGCAGGUGCUGCGAAACAGCGCAAAGCACGAAAGCUUGCGAAGAAGAACCCCGAAUGGCGCUCGCGACUCAAGAAGGACCCUGGAAUCCCCAACCUAUUCCCGUAUAAAGACAAGAUCCUGCAGGAAAUUGAGGAGAAGAGGAGGCAGAAGGAAGACGAGAAUGCGCGACAGAAGGAUCUUGCAAAGGCUCAGAGGCUAGGUACUGCUGUAGCGGAUACAGAAGCUACUGAGGGCUUAGAGGAAAAUGAGGAAGAUGAGGAUGCGUUGUAUGAACUCGGCACGGAUGAGGAAGACUCCAUGCAAGUGGACGAUUCGGAUGCCAAUCCAAUGGCAGCAUUCGUAGCUUCCGCAUUAGCACGCGCCGCAGAGCAUGACAAGGCAAAUCAGAGCGACAGCGCUGAUGAAAUGGAUGAGGAUGACGAAGAGGGCUGGGCUGGCAUUGAUGACAACGCUGCUGGUGUUUCUAACUCUUCCACUCGCAAGGACUCCUCAAUGAAAGCUUUCCGGAAGGAGUUCGAAAAAGUCGUAGACGCCGCAGACGUCAUUCUCUACGUCCUAGACGCCAGAGAUCCUGAAGGCACGAGGUCGAAAGAGGUUGAGCGCAUGAUCACUGCUGCUGAUUCUGGUAACAAACGCCUCAUGUUUGUGCUGAACAAGAUCGAUUUGGUACCUCCACCAGUGUUGAAGGGCUGGAUGAUCCAUCUCGGCAGAUCAUUCCCCACGCUACCACUCCGAGCAUCGAAACCAGCGCCGAAUGCUCGGAUAUUUGACCACAAACAUUUGACGAUCAAGGGGACUUCAGAGACUUUAUUCAAAGCACUCAAGUCCUUUGCAGAAGGAAGACAGCUCAAGCGCGCAGUUUCAGUGGGCAUACUUGGUUACCCAAAUGUUGGAAAGAGCUCCGUCAUCAAUGCUCUAUCCAUGAGACUCGGAGGGAGAGCCGGGGCAUGCCCUACGGGGGCUGAGGCCGGAGUUACUACAAGCAUGCGGGAAGUCAAACUGGACAACAAGUUGAAGCUCCUCGACUCGCCUGGAAUUGUACAAUCACGCUCAGUCGACACCUCCAAAACUAGCAAGAUUGAGGAACACGCUAGGCUGGUCCUCCUCAACGCCGUACCGCCCAAAGAGAUCCAAGACCCGGCUCCAGCAGUGACCCUGCUCCUCAAGAGACUUUCCUCGUCACCGGAGCUGUUUGCGAAGCUUUUGGACGUCUAUGGUCUACCACCACUGAUGUCUACCAAUGGCGAUCUGACUACGGAUUUCUUGGUCCAAGUGGCGAGGAAGCGAGGACGUUUAGGGAAAGGUGGAGUGCCGAAUCUUCACAGCGCGGCACAGACAGUCAUAACAGACUGGAGAGACGGUAGGAUCCAGGGCUGGAUGGAUCCUCCCGUACUACAAAUUGCUCCUGAAUCGACUGUGCCUGCUAAGGCUGGGGAAGCGGCUCCCGUGGGCGACCGAAAGGAGAUUGUCAAGGAGUUGGCUGCUGAGUUCAAGAUCGAAGGUCUUUGGGGCAAUGGGUCUGAUGAUGCGGUUGAUACCAUGGAAGUAUGAUGAUGCCUUGCUCUACGGAAAAGCAUGGUCAGAGGCGUUGGAGUCUUGGUGCAUUUUGUCCAACGUGACUAUGGGAUCACUGUAUUUACGACUCUCGAUGACAGAAUCGACCAUGGUACCAUCUACUAAUCGGCUUUUGAAGACGAUAUUAUUGCGCAUUCUUCUGUUCAGUGCCAUUCUAAACAGAAGUUGUAUUUGCAUACAUGCCUCCUUCCAGCUUCAGGGUUCUAGAAGCUAACAU